AGUCAAAUUUCAAAUUAUGUCUUAACAUUAAUUUUUAUGACAUCAUAGCUGUAUGAAAUUUGGUUACAACAUUUAUUUCGUCUCAUUUUAAUACCCAACCAUUGGCGUAACCAAUGUAAUCGUUAUUAACAGUCUCGUUUCUUUGUUAUUGUCCAUAAACAAGUUUUAAGCCGAUCUGUAAAGAUCUGAAAUGUCUUCGUUAAUAUGUGGCAAUGUAGAGCAGCUACCUACUUGGAACCGACACAAAAUCUCCCCAACCUAUAUAAGCACGAACCUAAUAACGCCUCUGCAACUGCCUUUCCGUGAUACUGUUGCUAGAAGUCGAAUAAUAGCCGAAGGAACUUCACGUCGGUUUCCACGUUUCGAAUGGGGCUCAUUCCAAACAGAUUAUGGUGGAAUAGGGAAACUCCCCAUGUUGGGGAAAAUCCGGCAGCAAAAUCACCGGGAAUUACCCUUACCUAGAAGCCACCGUCAUUAUUUAUCAAGCUGUGGUAAAAUGAUACAUGGUGUAGUACAGCCGAGUAAGAUUACAUCACUAUUAAGAAGCAAGCUUCGUCAGAACGAUGAGUUUAUAUUAUCCCCUAACCUGUGUAUCAAUAUAGCCCUCAUGAAAGAAGAUAACCAUUUCUACCAAGAACCUUGCUACUCUUCACACAGCUCGAAAAAUGAUAUGUUUCCUCGCAGCAGAGCAGAACACGCAAUCCCCCCUUUACCGAACGAGCUUCGACAGUCCACGCCCUUGUGCGACACCACGCGGCAAGGGCUUGCUGGGGUCGUCCAUCGUCGAUACAAAGUGUCAUCUUACGCGAACGACUUCCGAACGCCAAGUCCUUCAAGCAAAAAUAAUGAUAAAGACGAAAAAACACAAAAACAAACACCUGAAACGAAAAUGACUUGCCCGUUAAAUCAACCCAAAGGGCACGACCAUAAAGUUACAGGUCUUUGGCCUUGCUGGCCAGCUGGCAACAAUUAUAUCAUCUGUGACGUCACAGGGCAAAUUGUUGAGAAGCGUGACGUAGUGUCGUUGGAUGAUAAACGGGAUUAUACGAAAUAUAAAAUGUCGCAACAAUAUCCGCCACACGAAAAGCCAGCAGCUGAACCCUACAAACCAGUAUCUGAUUAUCGUUCAUUUGCAAGUUCUGACUACGUACCAGUUGCUGUGGAUAUAUAUGGCUGUGGUCCAGGUUGCGUUGGAACGGGAAACCCCGAUAGGGAAAUACCCGCAGGGGUGCACCUGCACAGAAAAAGGUAUUCUAAAAUAAACAAUCCUGGGCGAAAAUCGGCGUGGGACCAUCUACCCGUUAACCCCAUUACUCCACCGUGGGCCUACCACCCCACAAAUGCUGCACGAGAGACCGUAAGUAACUCGGAAGUGUCUCAACCUGGAAAUGACGUCACGAGCUACCCUCACCAGCGCCACCAGUGUCGAAUAAACAAGUACAGAGGAAACGAAGGCGAAAUUGAUGUUUCAAUGAGAAAUCGUUGGGUGGAAAAUAAAAAAAUGGUUCGACUCGCCGAAAGAACAACACCUCAUCUUGCUAGUUGUAAAGAGCAAAGUGGACUUCCUGCACUACAAGAAUCAAAAAGCAAUACUUCUGCCCUUGAUGAUAUAGAAAUUGAAGACAUAGAAGAAGACGACACUGAAAAUGAUGUUUCUCAAGUUGACAUAAAUGACAAACGAUCUGACAUUUCCCCCAAAUCAAGCUACUCCCAUCGGCCACCAUUUGCAACCACUGCUCACCACCGUAGUAUAGCAGAAAAUACACAACAAAAACUUCCGCAAAAGCCUCCAUCGCCUCCCCUUUUAUGCAGCCGUGAAAUGGGGACGCUCUCCUGCUUGCUGCAGUCAAUUUCCGCCGCUGAAAAAGACCAGAAACGAAUUGAAGAGCGAAAAACUAUUUCUAACAUUACCCCGAUGCCUGCCAACACUACGAUGCCUUGCCCUACUACGGACCCAACCAGCUCGUUUUACCAACCUGCCAUCAAACCACCACCAAGUCCACUGUGGAAUAACUUGCAAUAUACGGGAGACAGGGUACCGCAUCGUCUUGGUGUUCGAUUUAAAACUGUGGCUUCUAAACGAUACCAUAUGGUGCACCCAGAAACUAUUCCAGAUCUCAGAGAUUUUAGGUCACCACAGCGCAGAAGCAAGUUUCUCGGCUACCAUACGUCGGUAUUUAGGUAGCGGUUAGAUAAAAUACAAGCCAGCGCAAGCUAGA